AGUACACAUGACAUUUUGAUGAAUUUGUAUACAUUCAGUCAGGUACAGCCGUUCCUUACGAGAAAAUGUAGUGUACGAGUACCUAGCUUUGUAAAUAAACCUUGCUUCCUUCGCAAACCGAACAGGACUUACAGUAUUCAACAUGGCAUCAGAAGAACGAGUUCCAUGGAAAAAAGUUCUUUAUGGCAACAAAGGAUACCCUGACAAUUACACGGACCCGUCAUUCCUAAAAGAACUCCAAAAGAACAAGAACGUUAAAAUAUUUGAAUUCACAGAGGCUUUCCUGGGUAUAACAAAAUUAAAUUAUCAACUAUCAACGGUCACAGCGUUCCUGUUAAUAUUCCAUGCAAUGUAUAACGAACACAUAGAACCUAAUGUGGUUCUCAUCUAUUCAUCCAUGGCAACUUUACUCGGCUACAUUCUCUACAUUCGAAAAGAAUUUUCGUUAAGAGCAUUUAGUGAUCAUAUCAAAACUGUCCUGAGCGUUAUAGUGUUUGGCUACAUCAGCUCACCGUUGUUGCACACUUUAACCCAAAGCAUCAGUACGGAUACCAUUUUCACAAUGACAUUUUUCGUAAUGUUCAUUCAUCUGAUAUUCUUCGACUAUGGUGUUCCGGCUUUUAUGGUGUCUACGGCGAUAUCAUUCAAUGCAGCUAUCUUUGGUGCCAUAUGCUUGUCGUCCCGGCUGUCAUCAUCAUUCCACGCUUUCACAUUGCUUAUUGUGUCGUCAGAGUUUUUCGCAUUACUACCAUUGUUUAUGGAACGCUUCUGGUCACCGUUGUGGAUGCUAAUGAUAGCAAUUCUGUCGUCGUAUUUCUUGUUAAAUCUAUCCUUAUCAUUGUGGUUAACGUACAUUUUGAUUUCGUUUUUUGUAAAUAUAAUUUGUCCGUACGUUUUUGUUGACCAGCAAAAACAUAAGAAUAAUAUACAUGGACCGUGGGACGAGGCUAUUGUUAAGGAAGAUAUGGAACCAUUUUAGAAUACCAAAAAGAAUUGUUGAAUUUAUUAGAUUAAAUAAAUUUUUUAUCUUGUGAAA